GAAAGUACUACUGUUAGUCUUUGCUUUAUUAAUUAUGUUGACUCCGGAUCAGAUACUUGGUGAUCGGUGGAACAUCGAUGGAAACACAAGGAAUUAAUUCACUUGAUAGAUUUUUCAGACCAGAUUAUAUGGAAGCCGGAAGACAGGAAGGAUUCGUCGAGCUUCUGACUGUGGCGGCGCGGUGCUGGACAGCAUUAGGGAAUUAGCUACGCCAGUAGUUGAGCGCUGGGACUACAUUAAUUGCGAUUUCACUGGUUGACAUUUUGCACCAUUUCAUUAAACUUAGAUUGCACUAGUCUCUGAUUGCAUGUGCAUGUAAAACUAAUAAUCUUCAACUCAUCAACUGCAUGCAUUUAUGAUUCCAUCAGUGUUAAGUGUUACAUUAUAUCUAUAUAUACGUGUGUGUGUGUGUGUGUGAGAGAGAGAGAGAGAGAGGGAGGUUCUUUGCUAGAAGUUCAUACUCAACGAUUAGGGAAGCAAAAGUUCUCUUUUUGUUUCCUUUUUCUCGUUUUUCUUAAGUAAGAUGAGGAAGCUUUCCAAAAGACUUGGAGUGUUCGCGGUGAUAUUUGUGUUUGCUAUAGGGAUUGUGGAAUGCCGAAAGCUUGAGAAGGAGACCCUUGGAGGUGGAUUUGGUGGAGGUGCUGGUGGUGGUGGUGGAAUUGGUGGAGGGCUUGGUGGUGGAGGUGGUGCAGGUGGGGGUUUUGGAGGUGGAGCUGGUGGCGGUGCUGGUGGUGGUUUUGGAGGUGGAAAAGGUGGAGGUGUAGGAGUUGGAGGUGGAGCUGGAGGAGGGCUUGGUGGUGGAGGUGGUGCAGGUGGGGGUUUUGGAGGUGGAAAAGGUGGAGGUGUAGGAGUUGGAGGUGGAGCCGGUGGUGGUGUUGGAGGAGGAUUAGGUGGUGGAGGUGGUGCAGGUGGAGGUGCUGGUGGUGGCAUUGGAGGAGGAUUAGGUGGUGGAGGUGGUGCAGGUGGGGGUUUUGGAGGUGGAAAAGGUGGAGGUGUAGGAGUUGGAGGUGGAGCCGGUGGUGGUGUUGGAGGAGGAUUAGGUGGUGGAGGUGGUGCAGGUGGAGGUGCUGGUGGUGGCAUUGGAGGUGGUAAAGGUGGCGGUAUAGGAGCUGGAGGAGGAUUAGGUGGUGGAGGUGGUGCAGGUGGAGGUCUUGGUGGUGGAGGAGGCCUUGGAGGAGGUGGUGGUGCGGGUGCUGGUGGAGGUUUUGGAGGUGGUGCUGGUGGUGGAGGAGGGCUUGGGGGAGGUGGUGGACUCGGUGGUGGUGCAGGUGGAGGUGCUGGUGGUGGUUUCGGUGGUGGUGCUGGAGGAGGAAUUGGAGGGGGAUUUUAGUUCCAUAAACGUGCCAAGGUUGUAAGCUGUAACCAUGCUACUGCAUGAGAAUGGUUGGCAUGCUCGUAAGCGCAUGGCGUAUCCGAUUAUAACUUACUCGUUAGCAAUUAAACAAUAAUGAAAAUAAAAGGCUGCAAUAUGCCUGCUACCAGGAAAAGAUUAGACAUUCGAUGUACUUGUUUUCUGCUGAACAGGAUUUCGAGAGUUUUCAUUUCA